AUGGAGGACGAUGCGCCGGUGAUUUACGGGCUGGAGUUUCAGGCACGAGCUUUAACACCUCAGACAGCAGAAACGGAUGCAAUAAGAUUUUUGGUUGGAACACAGUCUCUUAGAUAUGAUAAUCAGAUUCACAUCAUAGAUUUUGAUGAUGAAAAUAACAUUAUAAACAAAAAUGUUCUCCUUCAUCAAGUGGGUGAAAUUUGGCACAUUAGUACCAGUCCUGCAGAUAAAGGUGUACUAGCAACCUGCUACAAUAAAACUUCAGACAGUAAAGUCAUGACAUGUGCUGCUGUUUGGAGGAUGCCGAAGGAAUUGGAAUCAGGCAGUCAUGAAUCCCCUGAUGAUUCAUCAAGCAACACACAAACCCUGGAGCUACUCUGUCACCUUGACAACACAGCCCAUGGCAAUAUGGCCUGUGUUAUGUGGGAACCAAUGGGAGAUGGUAAAAAGAUUAUUUCGCUGGCUGAUAAUAACAUAUUAUUGUGGGAUUUGCAGGAAAGUUCAGCCAAAGCUGUGCUCUCUAGUUCUGCAGCCUUGGAAGGAAAAGGACAAUUAAAAUUUACUUCUGGAAGAUGGAGUCCACACCACAACUGUACACAGAUUGCAACAGCCAAUGAUACCACUGUUCGAGGAUGGGAUACACGAAGCAUGAGACAGAUAUAUUGCAUAGAAAAUGCACACGGACAGCUGGUACGAGACCUAGACUUUAAUCCCAAUAAACAGUACUACCUGGCUAGCUGUGGAGAUGACUGCAAGGUGAAAUUCUGGGACACAAGAAAUGUCACUGAACCAGUGAAGACACUAGAGGAGCAUUCCCACUGGGUCUGGAAUGUCAGAUACAAUCAUUCUCAUGAUCAGCUGAUCCUCACAGGAAGCAGUGAUAGCAGAGUUAUCCUGUCUAAUAUGGUAUCAAUUUCUUCUGAACCAUUUGGUCAUAUGGUAGAUGAUGAUGAACUAAGUGACCAAGAGGACCAGCAUCAAGAAGAGAAGAUUAAAGAGCCCCUUCAGGACAGUGUAAUAGCUACCUAUGAAGAACACGAAGAUAGUGUAUAUGCAGUUGAAUGGUCCUCAGCAGACCCGUGGCUAUUUGCCUCUUUAAGUUAUGAUGGGAGACUUGUUAUUAACAGGGUUCCCAGAGCUCUUAAAUAUCACAUACUGUUAUAAUUUGUUUGGAUUAUGGUGGAGUUGUUAUCUUGAUGUACACAAUUGGUAGGUAUUGUUUAGGUUUUUUUCAGGAUCUAUUUUAAUUAAGUGUAAAUGUUAAAAUUUUGUUAAGAAUAUCUGUACUACUGUAGACACUUUUAAUUUGUCUUUUGUAUUUGCUUUGGAAAACUACGAUACAUUUUCUGAAGGCUGUGCUGCUUAGAUGAUUUUUUUUUGAGGGGCUAAUCACUUUGUGAAUUAUAAAGUUUCUGGAGAUAUUGGGUACUUCCCAUACUAUUGCUUUAUUACCUCAGCUUUAUGCUAAUAUAGUGGAUUACAGAGGUGUUACACUGAUAUAAAACUGGGACAAUGUAGGGUGCAUGUAGCAGAAGUGAUUUACUCAUUUACAAGAAUAAUAUUUUAUCUUUCUCGUAUAUACAGCCUUCUGCUGUUUGCUAGGGCCACGUUCUGCUAACUGUUCUGGUCAUUCUUCAAUGUUUAUAGAUACAGUUGGGAAUGGUCUUAAAAGGCUCUCUUAAUUCAGUCUAAUAUUUUAAACAGUUUUUCUCCCAUUUUGCAUACCCUAAGAAGAUAUGUUAAUCGUGAAGGUGAAACCUUCAAAAUCUAUUUUUCAGCUAAGCCUUAUGGUAGUAUCGACAAAGUACCAUCCUUUAAUUUGCAAACUAAAUGCAAUUUUGAGCUAUGUGUUGUUACUGGAAACAGUAUUAGUCUUUACCAAAAUCUCUUAUAUUCUCAUGUGAUGUAUUAUCCCAUGUUUAUAGAACUUAGUUGUGCUGUAGUGUGUUUUGAGGGACUCUGAAGCUAUGCCAUUUUUAACCUGAAAAAUCUCUUUAGUAUUUAUAAGUAGUCUCUCUUUCUUAUCCUUUUGGCUCUGUGCCAUUCUGCAGUACGCUGACAUGAUGUAGCAGGCUUUCAGCUAAGCACAAAACAUCCUUUGCUAUAGCAUGCUCUUUGCAAUACCUGACCUAGGCAUUGGUGACUUUGUUGUUAUAAAUACUGAGAACAGGCAGCUGCUGCCCUGCAGGAGAAUGCACAGAAAACUUGAGAUGUAGAUGGAAGGCAUGGUGAAACAUGUCUGUAUGUACUGACACUCCCCUUUCCCUUGCAUAGCUUGCCGUUAUGAAAAUUCUGCUGCUGUUCUUUGUGCGCUUAGACUAACUGCAGCAGUAAUUAAUCUCUGUUGCCUUUUCAUCGCUAUUAUUUCCCAUUAACUUCAGAACCUGGGUAUGUGUGAUGGUGUUGGUUGUGGUAGUAUUGUGUAAAACCACUCUGAAGAAAUGGCAAGAACAUGGGAUGGAAAGAUCAAUACCGGCCUC